AUGGAUAGCGAAUUAAAAGAAUACAAACUCCAGCUCGAGUCAGUUGAGGCCGCCCUGAAGGGGUCACCCGACAACCAAGAACUUCUCGACCUCAGGAAAGAACUCGAAGAGUUAAUAUCUCUCACAGAAACCAUCGCCGAAGAGCAAACGCCAGCCCCUGCUGUUGCGCCGGCCCCGAAAUUCACAUCCGCCAGCCGAAAGCGCCCUGCCGAAUCCGACGCAGAGGCUACUAGCAAUGGAGUCACUCCAACAGUAACGUACAAUGUUGGCGAUCAAGUUCAAGCCCGUUGGAUUUCGGGAGAUGGCGCACUGUACCCAGCAAGAAUAACAACUGUCACAGGCUCGAGCAAGAACCCUGUUUACCUUGUUUCGUUUACAGGAUACGACAAUACCACUGAAACUUUGUCUGCGAAGGAUAUUCGACCAAAUACCAACAAGAAGCCGAGGGUCAGCCCACCAGUCGAGGUGGUUCCGGCAAAUACGGCCGUUAUCUCUCAGGCCCCGACAUUGAAUCCCGGUGCAUUGGAAGCGGGGAAAAAGGAGAAGGACGGAGAUGCAGCAGGAAAGAAAGGCUCUCGAAAGGUCCGUGCUAUGAAAGAGCUCAACGAGAGCAAGAGUAAAUGGCAGGCCUUCGCCGCAAAAGGUGUGAAAUCGGGCAAGAAUGGGAAGGCAAAAAAGAUCGGCGAAGGUAGCAUGUUCAGAACACCAGAUGGUAUUCACGGACGAGUUGGAUUUACUGGAUCCGGACAACCUAUGAGAAAAGACGUUGCAAGAGAGAGGCAUAUCUACCAAAGGGCAGAUAAUGAUGAUUAA